AUGGAUAAUCAACUUAAAAAUUUGUCAGAGCUUGAAGCAUAUACAUUUAGUCAAAGUAAUGCAUUUCAACAAGUAAUACAGCAACCAACGCCAGUUUAUAAUCAAGCUCCAACCAAAAAAGAUUGCACCCAAAGUACUACCAAAAAUACAGAAGAAAUUCUUGCCUAUAAUCAAUUAAAACUUAUACAAGAUGCUGCUCGUUUAUCCAAUAAACCUCAAGUUACUCCCAAGCCAAAAAGAUUUACUAAAGCGCAACAAAAACAAAAUUCUGAAAUGCUAAGUGACAUGACUUCUAGAUGUAUACGUGGUUCUAAAAACACUACUUCCUCAAAUCAAAGUUUAAAACCAGCUGAUUCAACCAGCCAAAUUCGAUCACGACCAAAAAUGAGUAAGGAAGAACUUGCACAAGCACGAUUAGUUAGACGACAAAAUAUGGCUUCUUUAGCACAUAGGGCAGUUACAGGUAUGACUACACAAAUACAUAUUAUGGAUCUUUUUAAAAUGGUAUCUCCUGCUAUGCGUGUUGAACUUCGAAAGGCUUUUAUGGGAAAAGAUGACAUCUCAUCUGAGCCUAUGCAAAUUGCUAAUCUUGCUGAACAAGGAAUUGAGAUACCACAAGCUACUGUUGCUUAUGUAUCUGGUUACAUUGAUGAUGAUAAAUUUAAUAAUUGUAUUCUUGACUCAUGUUCGAAUGUUAAUAUGAUUGAUGGAGAGUUUUUUAAUUCUCUUGGUGACUUUUUAAUAAUCGAAAAUUUGGGUCAUCCUAUUGUACUUGGAACAAAAUGGAUUAAACAAGUUGGAGGAUCUAUAGACAUUCUUUAUGAUAUAUUUCAAAUGAUUGUUGAUGAAGAAACUUUUUAUGUGCCAAUUCAAACUGAACGUAUUUGCAAUUUGGCAAUACAAGAUUUUGAUACUGAUAUAUCUACUCCUGCUGAAAAGUGA